AUGGCGGAUCUUUCGGAGCUUUUCGCCCGACUAAAGAGCCCUAACACACCUGCCGACUCUCCACAGCAAAAUUCCUAUCAACCUUCUGUUUCGUCACCUAUCGUCUCGCCUCAACCCAGUGGUCCUCAACCACAUCACCCGUCUGCAAUCAUGAGCCCAGCUAUGUCUGGAGGUAACACUCCAGGCGCGGAAGGUGGUAAUGAUCGUACGACGAGCUUGCUGAACUUGCUGAAGUUCAAUCAACCGCAACAGUCGAUACCUCCGCGUCAACCUUAUACAGAGCUCCGUCGGCACCCAUCCUCUAAUCAAAAUUUACCCUCAGCUACCUCAACACCAACCGCACGUCCAGUAUCAGCCUCAGAUCUCGUUGCUUCUUUCAUGAAGAAGCCCUCGUCUUCAUUGGCUAUGCAUAGUCCCGCCGAAGCUUCGCCUGCCUCUGUUCGAGCAGAACCUCAUCACACCUCUUCUACGGAAAACCCUCAAGAUCUUCUAUUGAAGCUGCUAAACAACCCGCGCUCUUCGGCAACGCAGAGUGAGGCUGGAUCUGUGCGUCAUUUAGAUCUCGGCAAAUCUCAGAGUCUCAAGUCACCAUCCACGUCCUUUCCGGACUUAGCCGAGCCCUUGCAUACUACACAUGAUUCAGAUGUACCAGCCAUUACUAGCUUGGGUAACACCGGAGCGGCUCCAUCUGGAUCAAUGUUCACCUAUGCCAACCCUUUCGAUCAGCUUGAAAGAUCUUCCCCGCUUAAUCGGAACGGCCGUUCAGCACCACAGCGUGUGGCUCAGCCUCAAAUCGACAGGGUAAAGAUUACUACUGUACCAAGCCUUGAAUCUCAGCCCCCGGUUCACUCGCCUGUUCGUAUCAUACAGGGCCCGGCGAAGGCCGAGAUCAGUCACGAAACAGUGUCAGACGCCGUUGGUGAACUUGGCCAACAGGUUGAAAAAGAGCUAGAUGACGUACUAAGUGAAGUCGCAACGAUAGGCAAGAAUGGCAAGGUCGUGCCUGCUGCUGUCAUUGCCGCAGCUACCAACAAUGAAGCCAAACGUGCUGGUGAGGAUCACGCUCAUGAGCUCGCGGACAAAGCCUUGGAAGCAAAUUCCGCGGAAGCUUUGAAACUCGCUGCAGCUGGAGUUGGUGACAAUGUUGCUGAUAGCUGGGAAAGUGCAGAUGCUGAAGACAGCCCGUCUCAAGGCGACGAGACCGUCAAAGUCUACAACUUUCCCAUGCGCCCUUUCACAGCAAUCGACAUUAUCAAGCUGCAGGACAAGCCGCCUACUUUCCGCGCGAGCACUAUCAUGGAGAUCGCUAAGCUCAAGAAGGACUUUGACCAGAUGGACCGCCAACUUGUAUGCGCCUCCAAGAACUUCAUUGCUUAUGCUACAUUGAAACCUCUCGGCUUUCGUGUUAUUCGUCAGGAAACUGGCCAAUAUCGAGCCGCCUUCUCAAGUUCGAAGGAACGGAUUUUCAACAUCUCUAUAUGCACUCCAGCGCCAGGGUCUGCCGCUACGGAACAUGAGACCAUCCUCGGGACUGGUAUGAAUGGUAGCAUCUUCUGGACUCAAGUUGCCGCUGUAUCCGGUGACGCUUUUGAGGAAGAGAAUCUCGACGAUGCUGGGUUCAUAUUCCCACCCGCUCCCGUUCACGAUGACAAUACCUCUGGUGGUCAACUUAAGACUCGAGCAAAGACAAGCACGCGUCACCCCGAGUUCUUCGCCGUUGGCCGUGGAAAAUCUAUACAUUUGGUGUACCCUAAGGUCGCUCGGACCAACAGAUACACCAACAUAAAGACACGUACAUGUGACAGCGAGAGGUACUUGAAAGAGCGCUCUCUGAAGAUCCUGACUGGCAAAGCUGGAAAAGACUUUGCCUUCAGCGCGGAUGACUCGGUCAUUGUGUCUUUGGACAAAGCUGGGAAGAUGAGGUUCUGGGACAUUCGAACUUUGUGGGAUGCGGCAGAGGAGAAUCCAGCUGGCGCCUUCGAAGGUGUCACGAUCCGACAUCCGCUUUGGAGUCUGCAAACGACUUCGCCUAACGAGAAAUCGUGGCCCACUUCAGUAUUUUUCUUGGACAAAGAACGCCCUGUAAGUAAAGGUAUCGCUUUGAGGUACCUUGUCGUUGGCCAGAAGCAGAAUCAUACUCUGCAGCUUUGGGACCUCGGUUUGGGCAAAGCCGUCCAGGAACUGAACCUACCACACGACAAUGAAUCGGAUGCCAUUUGCACUGUUGCGUAUCACGCAAAGUCCGGAGUAAUGGUCGUUGGUCACCCAACCAGAAACUCAAUCUAUUUUGUUCACAUCUCUGCGCCCAAGUACAACCUAGCAGCCAUGUCCCAAGCGAAAUACAUUGGACAUCUCGCGGAACCAAAGUCGACCAUCGCUAAGCCUGAAUCCACUGCCAUCAUGAGCGGUAUUCGUGAAUACUCACUGGGUCCUAAGGGUAAGCUGCGCACUCUUCAUCUUCUGGAGGAGCACGCCGGCACGUCAGAAAGCUACGGUCCUGGAGAUGCGCCAGUAUUUGAGCUGUAUGUCGUCCAUUCAAAGGGCGUCAGUCUGAUAAGCAUCCAUCGCGAAGAUCUCGGAUGGACUAAGGACUUCCGCGUGACAAAUCCUGUAGAGGCAGCGACAACUGGCGCUGUGCAAGUCAGCUCUCUGCGACCUCCUCAGCCAGUAACAGAAGGAUCUACCAUUGGAUCUAGUAAUGGUGAUGCUCGUACUGCACCUUCAACGCAAGGAACAUCGCGCGAAAGCGCCAAGAAAGACACUGCUAGUUCAAGCACGUCAAGGGUUGUUCCGCAAACUCCAGAGGCUGCCAUUCGUGCCAGCACUCUCGCCAAGGUCGAGAACAAACAAGAGGCUGAGCGAGCAGCGAUUCUUAACAAUUCUGAGAAGUCUGAAAAGAAAAAGAAGAAGCGCGCGACCGAUACAGCGUCACAGACAUCGACUGCUCCUCGUCCCGCCACGUCCCAUGUCAUGCCAUCACCAUUGCCGUCAUAUGCGAAUGCCGCUCGACAGACUUCGCCAGCUGCCAAAGGGACUGAUGGCGAUGCACCAGCAUGGGCUCUGCGUUUGUUAAACCAGCCAGGAUCUGUUGCCCCAGCUGUCACGGACGGUCCUUUAUCCAGUCAACUGUCGAAAGCUUUGACCGAGCGUUUUGAUGACCUCUACAAACGUAUCGACAACGACAAGCGCGCCCUGGAUGCUUCGAGCGGAGCAAAGCAAGAAGCUGUUCUGCGCCUUGUCUCGAGCACUCUGAGUGACAAUCUUGACCAAGCUUUUAGCCGUCAUAUUCAGGAGUCGGUAAAGACCAGUAUCCUUCCCGCUCUCACGAACUCCGUGGGUGCUAUGGUAGGCCAGCAGAUCAACCUUGUUGUACCACGCGAAAUCAAAUCGACAUUGCCAGCUCUUGUCAGCAAGGCCAUGCAGGAGCCUGACACUCUUCGUAUCAUCUCCGAUCUCGUUGCCAGUAAGGUGACGAAGACCAUUGAGACCCAGAUAUCAGCUUCCUUUCAGAACCUUGGCCCCUCGCUUGCCAGCGUAGUCUCCAAUACUGUCAAACAAACCUCAAGCCAGGCUGACCAUCGCUUGGCUGAGCAGCUGCGCCAGGCUGAUAUGCAACGUCAAGCCGAUGCGUCCAAGAUUGUACAGUUAAUCGGAAUGGUACAAGAGCUUUCAGAAAGUGUGGCGGUGAUGCGCUCAUCGCAGACUGACGCUCGGAACGAAAUUUCCCGGCUCCAACAACAGUUGAUUGAAACUCAGUCUCGCGAAACUACAGUUGAAUCUGUCGUCACUGAGCCCAAGGUAGAAGAGCAGGAUUCGGAGUUGAAUACCAUCCAUGGGUUGAUCAAUAGUGGUCGAUACGAGGACGGCACCAUCAUGUGGCUUCAAUCGCCUCGCCAGGCCGAGCUCUUCGACCUUUUGUUCAUGCGUUUUGGUCCUAACUUUAUUAAACACCUGUCUUCUCUGGUAUCUUUGUCAGUUGCUGCCGCAACGACCGCCAACCUAGAGUCGAACCUGGCGCAACGUUUGGACUGGCUUGAUACCGUACUUAUUUCACUCGACCCUACAGAUCCUGAAAUUGUUGAAGUCGUCCCGCAAAUUAUGGAAGUCAUUGGUACCCGUUUGCGAGACGUAUACAUGCAGAUUUCCGAAAGUGAGGGCAGUUCUGCUGCACCCCUUCGUCGUCUCUCUGGCUCCGUUCGACAAGCUAUGGAGGUAAAGGUGGCAGCUCAACGCCAUCUCUCGACCAGAGGAUGA